CUUCAUAUUACCUGUGUUUUGCUCGGAUUAUGUUUCCGAAAUGUUGUAGCUAAGCGCCUUUGGUUCGUUACCUUGAGUGGAAAAAGUCAUUUUGUCAUUUUCAUUUUAACCAGGUUGUCAGGUUUCCUACAAUGGCUGGAACAACCUUUUGUGAGGCGUCUGAGCUUUACAACAUUCUCAACCAGUACACUCGGCUGUCCAGACUGGCAGAGUUCAACUUCCUCUGUUUGAUUGAUGCUCGUGCUAAAGGACAGUACAAUGCCAGCCAUAUCAUUACUGCCAGAAAUGCAAAAUGGGACUCUAAAGGCAAACUCAUUAUGCCUGUAGGCGUGGAGGUGGAGAGUAUGAGGUAUAUUGUGGUUUAUGACAGCAGCACAAGUUCUUUACAAGGUUCAGCUGAGGCUAUUGAGUGCGCUGAGGCCCUGACAAAAUCAAGCCACUAUCCUGUCCAGAUUCUGAAAGGAGGCUAUCAGAGGUUCUCAGCCUUUUAUCCUUUCUUCAGGACACAGAAAAUCCUUUACACCAUAAAGGAAUUGGAGAGCUUGAGGCCUUAUCCAGUGGAGCUCUUGCCAGGUCAACUCUACAUGGGCAAUUACAAGCAGGCCAUCCAUCCCCAUGUCCUAAAAGAUCUGAAACUGAGCGCCCUUGUCAAUGUCUCUGAAGACAGUUGUCACAUGUUUGAAAAAGGAAACCACACCAUCCUUCACAUAAAUGUGUCAGAUUCAGUGGAGGCUGAUCUGUACUCCAGUUUUGAGAGGAUUUGUGUUUUUAUUGCCUCUCGUCUCAACACUGGAUCUGCAGUUUUGAUCUUUUCAAGUCAUGGAAUAAGCCGCUGUAGUGCUGCGGCCAUGGCUUUUCUUUUGCACCACUUGAAAUAUACACUGGGGGCAAGUUAUGUUUAUGUACUUUACGGUCUUCUUUGGAAUGUGUAAUAGAAAUAGAAGAAGUUCAGGCUGUUCCAGUUCCUGUUUUUGGAAUCUGAAAAAAUGUUUGGCUUAGUAAUGAAAAUACUGCGUGUUUACUGUAUAAGAUUUUGUUGCUGAAUUUCGUGAGCUGCUAAUUUUUCUGUUAUUCCUCCCACUCCAUUAUGAUAUCGAUGGCACUUUUUUUCACUGAAGGAGGUCUGGGAGCAUGUCCUGCAAUGUAAAAUGAACAUGAGGCCAAACCGAGGGUUUGUACAACAGCUGUCCGACUGGGAGCUGCACACACUGGGUAGAAGAAUCACUGAUAUUGCCGAGCCCCGCUAUUGAGAUGAUGGAUAA